AUUAGUGCAAAUAGCUUCCUAAUUUCACGUGUUGCGAUUUAAAAAAAAAAUAAAUUUCAGGAUUUUUGUUAAUCAUCAAAAAUGGAUGUUGUAUCUUGUGAAAAUGUAUACGUUAGCUGUUCGGUAAAUUGUUAUCCACAUUGUUUGGAAACCAAAGAGAAUUUUAUAGUAUUUGGUUCUUCGAAUUCGAUUGUUCUUUAUGAUUUAAAUGCCCGAUGUGUCAUUUCAUCAUCAUCUCAUCAUUCCGAUUUGAUCAAUUCGGUGCGUUGGAUAGAUGACAAAGGUUUUUAUAUCAUUUCUUCGUCAGUAGAUCAAACAAGUAUUAUAUGGCAGAAAGAUGAACGAAAUGUUUAUCACGUGAAAUAUGUACUAAAUGGCGGACAUAAAGAUUCGAUAAUUAUUAGCGAUUCUGUGAUAGUUGAUCUAGAAUUCUAUUCUGUAUCAACGGCGAGCGAUAAAUCCUUAUGUAUAUGGCAAAAUGAACACAAGAUUUUCGCCGAAAAUCUGAAACAUUUUAUUUUCGAUGUUCGAAUCUAUAAUAAUAUGGCAAAUAUUUCUGGCUUGAUCGUAUUGACUGCUGGAUCCGAUGACUGUGUUCAAAUAAAUCGUUUCAAUUCAUUAAAUAAAAAUCUCGAAUGUUUAAUCACUUUGCAGGGACAUUCUGAUUGGAUCAAAUCGAUUGAUUUGAUUUCAUUCAAUGAUAAAUGUUUACUUGCAUCAGCAUCUCAAGAUUUUUUUGUAAGAGUCUAUGAAAUUCGAAAAUCCUCUCUCAAAACUGACAUGGGUGUAAUGAGUGAAAAUUUCUCUGUAACAAAUAACAAUGGUAAUGAAGAAUAUUAUUCUGCAACAUUGGAAACAGUUUUGGCAGGACAUGAAGGUUGGGUGACCAAUGCUCGGUGGAUCAUCGUGGAAAAUCGAAUUCAUCUUCUUACUUGUUCUUCAGAUAAAAUGAUCAUUCUCUGGGAACAAAUGGAUGAUUCAAUUUGGAAUGAGAAAUAUCGUUUCGGUGAAGUAGGAGAAAAUGCUCUCGGUUUUUUAUCGUGUUCGUUUAUUCAAUCAUCCCAAAUGAUUGUUGGUCAAUCACAAAAUGGUGCCGUACAUUUAUGGAAAAAAAUGAAUGACCAAAAUUGUUGGCAAUCUUAUCCAUCUAUAACUGGUCAUUUCAAAGAAGUUACCGAUUUGACAUGGGAACCUGAUGGGGAAUAUUUUCUUAGUUGUUCCAGUGAUCAAACCACUCGACUUCAUUCAUCAUGGAAUUCCUCGAAAAUAACAUCAUGGCAUGAAAUCGCUCGACCUCAAAUUCAUGGUUAUGAUUUAAAAAGUAUAGCGAUGGUUGGUCGAUUUAGAUUCGUAUCUGGAGCUGACGAAAAAGUUGUACGCAUCUUCAAUGCAACAAAAAAUUUUAUUGAAUCAAUCAAGAAAAUAAGCCUAAUCAACAUUGAUUUAGCAGGCGACGAAAUUGCCGAAUGUGCUAUCGUACCUUCUUUAGGACUUUCAAAUUCAGCCGUAUUUGAUAUAUCAAAAAUCGAAGAAGAAUUCAAACCAAAAACGAUUGAAAUGCCUCCAAGUGAAGAGAUUCUCAUGCAAAACACUUUAUGGCCAGAAUCACAAAAACUUUAUGGACAUGGAUAUGAAAUAUUCGCUGUGGCUGUCAAUCAUGCCAACACUUUAUUGGCUUCAGCCUGUAAAGCAUCAAACGCUACUCAUGCCUCAAUCAUUUUAUGGGAUUUGAUCACUUUUAAAAAAUUGUCCGAUCUUUGUUCACACAAUUUGACUGUAACACAAAUACGAUUUUCACCUGAUGAUUCACUAUUGUUAAGUGUUUCUCGUGAUCGAACAUGGUCACUGUUUAACGUACAAAAUUCUGAAUAUCGUCGAAUUGCAUUUUCAGAUAAAAACACCGGAAUUCAUAGCCGAAUCAUUUGGGAUUGUGCUUGGACGCCUGAUUCAAAAAAUUUUCUUACUGGUUCACGUGAUAAAACUAUUAUUAGAUGGUAUUUGAAUGAUAAAAACGAAACUGAAAUUCAAUCCAAAGAAAAAAUUCCCUUUGAUCAUCCGGUCACUUCAUUGGAUGUUCAUUCAAAAGUUUUCCAUGAAAAUAAUCAUUAUUUAGUUUGUGUUGGAUUGGAAAAUGGAAAUUUAUCUUUACAUACGAUUGAUAUUUCAUCAGGAGAAUGGUUUAAAAUUUUUAAUUUUGAAAAUCAUAAUCAUACAUCAACGGUGAAUCGUGUAAGAUUUUCACCCAAAUUAGACAUUGAUGAAAAUCAAUUUAAAACUAUUCAUAUGUCAUCAUGUGGUCAAGACCGUAUGAUAAAAUUGUUUAAAAUCAUAUUAAAGUUUAAAUGAAAUAAAAUUCCAGAA